AUGAACGGGACCAUCGCAGACGUAACGGUGGCGAGCCAGUUGUGCCAGUGCGUGAUGAACCCGCACCAGUGCGGCCUUGGCGGUGGCUUCUUCUCCGUCUACUACAACCACGCCACCCGGACAGCAAAGGCCUUCAAUGCACGCGAGUGGGCACCCUCAGCAGCCUGGUCCAACAUGUUUCUGGCUAACAGCACUCUCUCAUCUUAUGCUGUGAACGCAGGCUUUCUUGCAGCAGCGGUGCCAGGAGAGCUGAUGGGCUACCGAAGUAUGCUGGACACUAUUGGCUCGCGUGUUCCUUGGGCUGAACUGUUCAAGGACGCCGAAGCACUUGCACGCAACGGAUUUCCAGUCUACGCCGACCUGGAACGCUUACUCAAGGAGAAUGAAAAGGCCAUCACCGCUGACGAGGCACUCUGGUAA